AUGUCAUUACAGGCACAGAGCAGUUCAGAAGAUAAAAUAACAAUCCACUUUAUAAACCAUGAUGGUGACACAUUAACAACCAAAGAGAAAGUUGGUGACACUCUGCUAGAUGUUGUGGUUGAAAAUAAUGUAUGUAUUGAUCAUUUUGGUGCAUGUAAGAGAACCUUGGCUUGCUCCGCCUGUCAUCUUAUAUUUGAAAAACACAUAAUCCUGAAGUUAGAACCAGUCACUGAUGAUGAGAAUGACAUACUUGAUCUGGUGUCUGGGCUAACAGAUGAAUCACAGCUGGGCUGCCAAAUCUGUUUGACAAAAUCAAUGGAUGAUAUGACUAUCCAAGUACCUGAUGCAGUGGCUGAAGUAAGACAGUCCAUUGACAUAAGCGAGAAUUCCUAA